AUGUUAGACCUCCAACCGCCCGGAACCUCUCAGGCUGUGUAUAGAGAGGACUGUACGCAGUGCUUCGAUUCCAUUGACAAUGACUCGGGUCUAAAUGUAUGUCUCCACUGUUUCAAUGGUGGGUGUACCGGGGAUAGAGAUCAUGCAUUACUACACCAUCGACGCUUUGGUCACCCGCUGGCCUUGAAUAUUCGCAGAACCCCGAAACAAAUUCAGAGAGAUGAGCCCCCGCCCAAGAUUUCAAAGCUUGCGAUUACUGCCGAGACAGAUGAUGACCGAUAUGAUAUCGUGACAUCCGUGACAUGCUAUUCGUGCGCGAAGCAAGAUGUCGAUAAAUCGAUUGGGAAUCUGCCUGCUGUGAUCAACGGAGUCAUGAACGCAAUGACUUUUUCGAAAAGGGAGGAGGUAAAAGCAUGGGAGCAGGAAUUUGUCCCUUGUGAACACACGUUAUGUCUUACUCAACAAGACAUUGAGAACGUAGAAUCCAAAGAUUCUAGUCGAUGUUCUACAUGCGAUUUGAAGGAGAAUCUCUGGAUUUGCUUAGAUUGUGGAAACAUAGGAUGUGGACGAAGUCAAUUUGGUGGUAUACAAGGCAACUCCCACGCUCUCGCCCACGCAGACGCAUCAACACAUGCUGUGGCAGUUAAACUGGGCUCCAUCACUGCCGAGGGCUCAGCAGACGUCUAUUGUUACGCAUGCAAUGAGGAGCGAACAGACCCAGAACUUGCAAAUCACCUCGCACACUGGGGCAUAUUCCUAGCUGGGCGUGAAAAAACGGAGAAGAGCUUGAUGGAGAUGCAGGUUGAGCACAACCUCCAAUGGGAGUUCUCUAUGACCACCGAAGAUGGUCGUGAAUUAACCCCGGUCUUCGGACCUGGCUUCACUGGCCUCGCUAACCUCGGAAACAGCUGCUACCUUUCCAGUAUCAUGCAGUGCAUAUUCUCUACAUCUUGCUUCCAAUCUCGUUAUUAUUGCCCAUCUGAGGAGCCACCGCUAUGUCAGACACCGGCACAGGACCUUGAGACCCAACUGAGAAAGCUGGCAGAUGGCUUACUAUCAGGCCGUUACUCUCAACCAGGUACACGUUUUGCUACAGCUCAGAAUGCACAAGAGGCUCCACAUCAAAGGGGGCUGGCUCCAGCCAUGUUCAAAUAUCUGAUUGGCCAGGGUCAUGAUGAAUUUGCAACAAUGAGGCAACAGGAUGCAUUCGAAUUUCUUUUGCACGUGUUCAAAUGUGUGAGUCUUUCAAAGCAUUCUGAUGGACAGCUCAAUCCUGUCAAGAGCUUCCGAUUCGAGGUCGAGCAACGCCUUCAGUGCUUGGGCUGUAAGAAGGUCCGUUACAAGGUAGAUGAGCAAGAUAAUAUCUCUGUUGCUGUGCCUGGUCGUCGCAUCUCGGGUGAAACAGAUCGUUUUGAAGCUGUUACCCUAUCAGAGUGCUUGGACCUAUUCACCGCGGAGGAGGUCGUUGAGCUCAGCUGUCCUGAAUGUAAUAGCCGUGACGGGUUCUCGAAACGCUCAUCCUUCAAAACUUUACCACAAGAAUUGGCUAUCAAUGCUCGUCGCUUUGGGCUUGUCAACUGGGUUCCUACCAAAUUAGACAUUCCAGUGGUUGUUGAUGACGGACCCGUUGAUUUUGGGUGCUAUUUAGCUGGUGAGCAUGAUGCCAACGAGGAGAUCUUGCCGGAGGUUAAGGAAGAUGUGGCCUUCAAUCCUAACCCCGUUGUCAUGGAUCAGCUCUUGGGCAUGGGUUUCCCAGCUGUGAGAUGUGAGAAGGCGCUUCACGCCACUGGAAAUGAUGACCCGGAGGCUGCCAUGAAUUGGCUGUUUGCUCAUAUGGAAGACCCAGACAUUGAUGAACCCCUCGUUUUGAAGGGAUCUGCUGGUGGGACGAUAAAUGCUGAGCAGGACGAGACGAAGGUCGCGCAGCUGGGGGACAUGGGCAUCGAGGCUUCCAGAGCUCGCCAGGCCUUAUCUGCCACUGAUGGCGAUGUCAAUCGAGCGCUAGACUGGGUUUUUACCCACCCCGAUGAGGGCUUGGAGGAUGGCCAGGAUGAUAUCAAAGACAUAGACUCUCAGCAAGAUUCAGCCGGCUAUGAUAGUUUGCCUGCUCGGUAUCAGCUACAAUCUAUCGUAUGUCACAAAGGCACGUCAGUUCAUGCAGGUCACUAUGUGGCUGUCAUUCGUAAGGUUUUGCCAGGCCAGUCUGGUCUCUCCUGGGUUAUGUUCAAUGACGAAAAGGUUGUGAAAUUUGAGGACCUUGAUCAGAUGAAGAAAACGGCUUAUAUGUACUUCUUUACACGAUUAUAG